AUGAGCGAGAGCAUCCCGAACGAGCGCAUCUUCAAUCCAACGCAGUACUUCUUGGGGCCUAACCGAGCUCAGGCCCUGGAGCAGCCAUCCGAUAUAAUCCACCACAUCCUCCACCGAGACCGGCACACCGGGCUCUCCCGCCUCGCAUUCAACAAUUUCAAAGCCAAAAAGCGAGCUGAUCGGACCUUCAGGAUCGAUGGAUCCUCCCUCGUGAUAGCCGUGGACGGUGUCAUCCAUCCUCCCAGUCGUCCUCAAAAUCCGAACCAAAGUCAACCCAUCUCGCCAAUUUGCCAAAACAGUGUGGUCUCGAGAGCAAGAGCCAGCUAUGGGAUCUUUUUCGGUCCGUCGUCGCUUCAUAAUAGGAGUGCGUUCGUGCCGAUAGGUAAGACUACUUUGUCGAGGGAAGCUGGUAUCUUGAGAGGAUGUUAUGAUGCUCUAGACUACAUUCUCAAGACUAUCUUCCCUACCCACAAUCCUCGCAUUCUCCAGACUAUAAUCCUAACCGAUUCCCCUUACCUCGUACAAUGCCUAACCGAGUACGUCUACAUCUGGGAGCGCAACGGGUAUCGCGAUUCGCGGGGCCAAUAUGUAGAGAACAGUGAGGAAUUAGCGAAUCUGGCAAGUAUGGUUUUGCAAUUUGAGAGGGCGGGUGUGAGGGUAGGUUUUUGGCUUGUGGAGGGUGAAUGGAACACAGAUGCCAGGCGAUUAGCUAGUGAAGCUGUUGACGAAGUAGAAAUGGUAGGAGAGAGUGGUCUUAGAUGUGCAGAAGUGGAGAUUCUGGACGCCAAAGGCCUGGAGGGUGAUAGGGAGGCGCUAGUGUUGGAACUGGAGAGAGCUUUUAAGCAAUACUUGACAUCAGAAGACUUUUCCCUGAAAAUACACAAAUUCUAA